AUAGACCUCCAACCUAGCCCAAUCAUCAACGACAUUUGAUCGGUCGAUGGAAAUCACUCUGCGUCCAUAUCAGCUUGCAGAUGUAGAUGUGACUCAUGGAAUGGGCCUGUGACAAUAAGGUGACCAGAAGUUGCAGACUGAGGCACCACUCCUCUAAGGACGAUACAUUGAACUAUCUGAAGGAGGAUGCCAUACCCCACCCAUUGGUACCGAGCCAUAUGCCUGGGUGGCCGCCCAAUUGGAUUCAUUUCCAUUAUGCCAGGUUCUUCCAUGGGGAAAUGCCGGGGAACGAUCAGCUAUACUGGGGCCGAGGCAUAACCACACUGGCUGUGAAAAGGGCUGUUUCAAGUGCGUUUGAAGAGUUCCCAGAUCUGGAGAGAAUUGAAGGUAUUGUUGAUGUGAAUAAUAAGGCCUCACAGAGGGUAUUGGAAAAGGCUGGGUUCCUCAAGGAAGGUGUCCUCAGAAAAUAUCUCUGUAUCAAUGAAGAAACUAUUGAUUUUGCUAUGUAUUUCCUUUUAUCCACUGAUCCAAUUUUACGUUAGAACAACAUCUUUCUUCCUUUCUGUUGAAAUAAGACUAGUUUUUUUCUUUGGGUUCUAAGAUCUGAAAAUGGGCAUGUUAUUAGUUAUGGAUGGAAAUAAUGUGUAGUUUGGGGGCUAUUCAAAGUCUUGAUAUCA